AUGGACGCUAUGGCCGAGCCCCGAUGGCCUCCGGCCUUAGCAGUCAUGAAGACAAUAGAUGAUUUGCUACGAUGUGGAAUUUGCUUUGAAUAUUUCAAUAUUGCAAUGAUGAUUCCUCAGUGUUCUCAUAACUACUGUUCUCUCUGUAUAAGAAAAUUUCUGUCCUAUAAAACUCAAUGCCCAACUUGCUGUGUGACAGUCACAGAAGCAGACCUGAAAAAUAACCGCGUACUAGACGAACUGGUAAAAAGUUUGAAUUUUGCACGGAAUCAUCUGCUGCAGUUUGCUUUAGAGUCACCACCCACCUCUCCGGUUUCCUUUUCAUCAAAGAACCUUGGUAAAGUGCAGACUCCUAUAGGCUCAACACAGUCUCUGAAGCUGGGAAGCAAGUUAAUGGACAAUUUAUUGAUCCGAGAAAUUGGUGCCUCUACAACAGAGUUGUCAAUAAGAGAAGACAAGAGUAAAUUCAGUUAUCAAAAAGAGGCAAGUGUUCCUCCAGAGAACACAGAGCCAUCUUCCGUCAGAAAGACCACUCCAGGCCUCUUUGGUGUCAGUGCUCCUGAGACACCUUCUACAUCUGCUUCAAAACAAGUUACUAAAGUGGAUUGUCCUGUAUGUGGGGUUAAUAUUUCAGAAAACCACAUUAAUAAGCACUUAGACAGCUGUUUAUCACGUGACGAGAAGAAAGAAAGCCUCCGGAGUUCUGCUCAGAAAAGGAAGCCACUGCCAAAAACUGUAUAUAAUCUGCUCUCGGAUCGUGAUUUAAAGAAAAGGCUAAAGUUACAUGGAUUACCUACUCAAGGAAAUAAACAGCAGCUCAUUAAAAGGCAUCAAGAAUUUGUACACAUGUACAAUGCCCAGUGUGAUGCUCUGCAUCCUAAAUCAGCUGCUGAAAUAGCUAAAGAAGUUGAAAAUAUGGAGAAGACUAGGAUGCGUCUUGAAGCUGGUCAACUCAGUGAAACUAUCAUGGUAUUUACAAAGGGCCAAACAGAAAAGGAAAUAGAUGAAAUCCACAGUAUAUAUCGUAAAAAACAUCAGAAUGAAUUUCAGCUUCUGGUAGAUCAGGCCAAAAAUGGAUACAAGAAAACGUUUGGAACAUCAAAAAAAAAAGUAACAAGAAAAGAUGAAUCUACAGAAAAACUGAUACCUGUACACAUGGGACAAAAAGAUAAAGAAAAGAAGUCCUCAGACAAGACCUCAGUAACAAACCGUUUCCCUCCAUCUGAGCUGAACUUCCCAGGGCACUUGGAGCCCUGUAGGUCAGAUGAUUCUUCCAGUUCUACGGCUAUUCAAGAAGCUCUUUCUCCACAAGAAUCAGAUUCGUGCAAUAGUUCCAGUUCAGACAUCAUAAGAGAUCUCCUAGAAGAGGAGGAAGCCUGGGAAGCAUUACAUAAAAGUGACCUUCCAGGCACAGAAAUAAGCCCACGAGAGAACCGCCGCAAAAGAGCAGCUCCGAAGGCUGAGACUGAACCAAGAAAGAAGCAUAAUAGGAAUUAA